AAUCAUGGCUGCAAAACAAGAGGCUGAAGAAACUGUUUCUAAACAUCUGCACAGCCCCUCUGAGCUGAGGAUCGUGCUGCUUGGGGGACGCUGGGCUGGGAAGAGUGAAGCAGGAAACACCAUCCUGGACAGAGAGGAGUUUAGAUCUGGAUUCAGCCGCUCUGCAGUAACUAGGAAGUGUGAGAAGAGAACAGGAGAAGUGGCUGGGAGACGGGUCACUGUGGUCGACACUCCAGACUUCUCAGACACAGACCGGGUCAAGAUUGACAGGUGUGUCUCUGUCUGCCCCGGGACCCCACGCUUUCCUCCUGGUGAUACCCGUGUUUCCAAAAGAAACUAAUGACACUCACUGUGAGUCUAUAUUAAUAAAGGAUUGCAAAUCAUUUGAUAAAGUCCAGCAGCUGAAUAAAGUGCAAGAGCUGUUUGGUGAGGGAGCUGUGAGGAACACGAUGAUCCUUUUCACCCGUGGGGAUUAUCUGGAAGGCAGGUCGAUUGAGCAGUACAUUUAUGAAGAUGGUGAGGAGCAGCGUGUUCAGAAAUGUGGGAACAGGUAUCAUGUUAUCAGCAAUGUGGACAGGAGCGAUCACACUCAGGUCACACAGCUCCUGGACAAGAUAGACAACAUGGUGAAGAGAACUGGAGGCUGCUACCUCCCAAAUGAGAUUUACCAGGAGGUAGAAGAAAGGAUUAGACUAAAGGAACAGGAACUGAAUGAGAAACACAAAGAGGAACUGAGCAAAAAAGAAGAGGUGAUGUAUGAGAAAUAUGAGGAGGAACAGUGUAAGAGAGAAAAGGAAAUUAAAAAGAAAUAUGAGAAGGAACAGAGUAAGAGAGAAGAGGAUAUAAAACAGAAAUAUAAGGAGGAACAGAGUAGGAGAGAACAUGAGAUGAAACAGAACUAUGAGGAGGAACAGUGUAGGAGAGAAGAGGAGAUGAAACAGAAAUAUGAGGAGGAACAGAGGAGGAGAGGAGAGGAGAUGAAACAGAAAUAUGAGGAGGAACAGAGUAGGAGAGAAGAGGAGAUGAAACAGAAAUAUGAGGAGGAACAGUGUAGGCAAGAAGAGGAGAUGAAACAGAAAUAUGAGGAGGAACAGUAUAGGCGAGAAAAGGAGAUGAAACAGAAAUAUAAGAAGGAACAGUGUAGGAGAGAAGAGGAGAUGAAACAGAAAUAUGAGGAGGAACAGUGUAGGCAAGAAGAGGAGAUGAAACAGAAAUAUGAGGAGGAACAGUGUAGGAGAGAAAAGGAGAUGAUGGAGAAGCUGAGGAAGCAAAUGAAGGAAGAAGAGCUGGAGAAAGAGCCAGUGGACUCCAACCUUCCUGUCAGGAGAAGGACAAGCAAUGAAAUCUUACCUCCCAAGAUGUCUGGAGAUGAAGGAGAGGCUCCCCUUGCAGAUAUCCAAGUGCCUCCCAGCCCCCCUGAGCUGAGGAUGGUGCUGCUUGGGAAGACUGGGGCUGGGAAGAGUGCAGCAGGAAACACCAUCUUGGGCAGAGAGGAGUUCAGAUCUGAAGCCAGCUCCUCUGCAGUAACGAGGGAGUGUGAGAAGAGAAAAGGACAAGUGGCUGGGAGACGUGUUGCUGUGAUCGACACUCCAGAGCUCUCUCAGGACAAACUCCAGAUUAGGAGCUGUGUUUCUCUGUCUGCCCCGGGACCCCACGCUUUCCUCCUGGUGAUACCAGUGGGCCGAUUCACAGAGGAAGAGAGGAGAGCAGUGGAGACAGUCCAGGAGAUAUUCAGUGAGGAGACUGUGAGGAGGUAUAUAAUGCUACUUUUCACACAUAGUGACACACUGAAAGGACAGAGCAUUAAGAAGUACAUUAAGAAACAGAACAGGGACCUCCGGCAGCUGCUUCAGAAAUGUGGGAACAGGUAUCAUGUUCUCAACAAUGAGGACAGGAGCGAUCACACUCAGGUUACACAGCUCCUGGACAAGAUAGACAACAUGGUGAAGGGAAACAAUGGCAGGUUCUACACCAGUGAGAUCUACUGUGAGGGGAAAGAAAGGGCCAGGGUGGGGUAUGAAAAGAGCAAACUGCUAAAGGAGAGGCCAGGAGAGCUGGAGCUACAACUGGAGCUGAGGAGAAAGAGGGAGAAAUCCAAUACUGGAGCUGAAGAAAGAGAUGGAGGGGGAAUAGCUGAAGAGAGAGAGAGAAAGAAAAGGCAAGAGAGUGAGAAGAGAGAAAGGGGGGAGCAGAAGGGAAAGUUUAGCUGGCAGAAGUACAAGGAAAAACCAACUGAAAAUCAAUAUCUAAGGGCAUCAGUAGUAGUUACUGGAGGAUCAGUAGGGGCAGCAAUAGGGGCAGUAGCUGGAGCCAUCACAGGGCCAGUAGGAGCUGCAGCAGGAGCAGUUUUAGGAGCUGCAGCAGGAGUGGUUAUAUGAACUAUACUGGGAACAGCAGCAGGAGCAACAUUAAGAAGAGUGACAGGAAGUGAGGUAGGAGCAGAGGCAGUAAAAGAGCCAUACAAAACACAGUGAUGAUAACAUGGACCACACUGAUGUGAAAACUGCACCAGGCUUUUAAUGCUGAACUAUUACAGCCUUUACUUGCGCUGAGGUCUGUCUUCUCUCUUUUCUAUUUUCACCUGAAGAAGAGACCUUUUGAGGUCUUGAAAGCUUGUGAUUAUUUAUUGUUUAGUUAGUCCAAUAAAAGGUAUCACCUCUCCUUCUCUUUGGCUACCAUUCCAUCUAUAAACACAGUUUGAAAGAUAACAUUCAAGGUCCUUUAUCAGAGAUUUAAGCCUUCAUAUUGACCAAUCAGGUUAAAGAAAAUCUCUGAUCCAUUUUCUGUAUAUUAUAUAUAAUUUGUUCAAUGGCUUCACAGAUUCUACACAACUUUAAUAUACUGUAUAUUAUAUCUGUAUUGUGUAAAUUCCAUAUACUAUAUAAAAACUGUAAUACUGAAAUAUAUUAUAGCUACAGCAAAGUAAUUAAAAUGUUCACUCCACUCAGGAGCUGUGCUUUCAAAAUUAAGAAGUAAAACAACUAAAUUAUAAUUACUCAAUAGUCAACUGUCAUGCUCUAUUAUAUCUAUAAUGGAUUAUUAUAGAUAUAAUAAUGUACCAGAAUGCAAUAUGAUUUAUCAAUAUAAAUGUCCCUGCUGAUCUCACCAGGUAAAUCGCUAGAGACACAAUAAUGCAUUUCUAAAUAGGGACUCAAUAUCAACACCUCCUCGCUCUCUUUCACCUGUAACAAUGUAAACACUGAGUAACAAUAACAAGCUGUUAAAUAGGGACUCAAUAUCAACACCUCCUCGCUCUGUUUCACCUGUAACAAUAUAAACACUGAGGAACACUAACAAGCUGUUAAAUAGGGACUCAAUA